AGUGAGACUUCAGAUAGUGCAGAUCACCGAUCUAGUGGGGUUAUCAUCAGCAAUCAUCAUUGCAGCUAGAGCAUCCCAAUCCACAAGAAUGUACACCAGAUCCCUGGCAGCAUACGGGCUGAUCUUCAGCCUCUGCUGGUGUCACAUAGCCGGCAAUGCGCUGGAGCAAUAUGGCAUCACCUUGCCGGGUGGAUCCAGCACAACGGAGCGUAUCAAUUCGGCAAUGCGUUGCAUGAACAUCAAUCCACAGAAUUCGGUGGAUCUGGAACAGAUAAUGGGCCUCUGGUAUGGCAGCGAGAUCAUUGUGCACAGCCAAGACUUUCCCGGCGUCUACGAGUACGAUUCGUGCGUGAUCAUACACCUGGCUGACGUGACCGAUCAGAUGGUCAACAGUCUCAACAAUCGCGGCUAUGGCGGAGCUGGUGGCUAUGGCUCCCCGGACUACAACCGCAACCAAAACAACUACGGACGUACCCCGACCACACCCUCGUACAUGGGCGAGGACGAUUAUCCGAAUCAUCAGGGACAUGUCAAGCAGAAUUAUCUGCGUUUGGUGUGGAGCGAACGUGACAAUAAUCUGGAGUACACUUUCAACUAUACGACCCGAACACCUGGUCAGUGGUCCAACAUUGGCGAUCAACGCGGCAGUCUGGUGACCCUCAACUCCUACACACAAUUCACGGGCACCGUGCAGGUGGUCAAAGCGGUCAACGAUCACCUGGUGCUGACAUUCUGCGGCAACGAUGUGAAGAGCUCCAUCUACACGGUGGUGUUGUCACGCAAUCGCCUGGGACUCAGUGCAGAUGAGCUGCGCAGCAUUCGUAACCUUCUCUCACGCCGUGGCCUCUAUACGGAAACCAUUCGAAAGGUCUGCAAUGGCUGCGGGCAACUGGGUGGCAGCAUCAUCUCGAUGCUCCUGCUGCUUCUGCUCGUCUGGGUUCGCGCUCGCUGCCAGUGAGGUCAAUCGUUGCCGGCAGCAGCAAUCGUAUUUAAUGAGUCCAGCCAUACUAUGUUAAUUUAUGUGUAAACUACUUAAGCAAUACAGAGACCAAAAACUAACCCAA